GACCCUCCCCCGUCUCCCUGGCCCUCCAGGACUGUACCAUCUGCAUGGAGCGGCUGGUCACAGCUUCGGGCUAUGAGGGCGUGCUCCGGAACAAGAGUGUGCGGCCCGAGCUGGUGGGCCGCCUGGGCCGCUGCGGCCACAUGUACCACUUGCUAUGCCUGGUGGCCAUGUACUCCAAUGGCAACAAGGUGGGCCACAAGGAUGGCAGCCUGCAGUGCCCCACCUGCAAAGCCAUCUACGGGGAGAAGACAGGGACACAGCCACCGGGGAAGAUGGAGUUUCACCUCAUCCCGCACUCGCUGCCUGGGUUUGCAGACACCCAGACGAUCCGCAUUGUCUAUGACAUCCCCACGGGCAUCCAGGGCCCUGAACAUCCCAACCCAGGCAAGAAGUUCACCGCCAGAGGCUUCCCUCGCCACUGCUACCUACCCAACAAUGAGAAGGGUCGGAAGGUGCUGAGAUUGCUCAUCACCGCCUGGGAACGCAGACUCAUCUUCACCAUCGGAACAUCCAACACCACGGGCGAGUCGGACACCGUGGUGUGGAACGAGAUUCACCACAAGACGGAGUUUGGUUCCAACCUCACUGGCCAUGGCUACCCGGACGCCUGCUACCUAGACAACGUGCUGGCUGAGCUCACCGCCCAGGGUGUUUCUGAGGCCAUGGCCAAGGCCUGAGGCCCGAGUUGCCCGCCUUCCCUCUUGCCGUGCCUCUAGCCUGGCACAAGCCUCCCUCCUGCCAGGCGGGAGGAGCCAGGAGCGCUUAAGGGGAUCUGGCCGGUGGCUGCGGGGGAUGAUGGGAGCACACCAGGCCAGCUGGCUCCGACCUGUGGCUUCCGGCAAGAGCAGCAGAGAUAGGACCACCAGCAAGAGCGACUUCCCUACAGAAACGAUGGCGCUUUGCCCUUCACACCACACCACACACAAACGCACACGUGUCCCGUUGCACGCACGCACGCACUCACGCACGUACACCCACGUGCCUCUGGACCUCUCCCAGCUUGGGGAGAGAAGAGACAGAAAGGCCCCCAUGACACAUCCUGUGGAUUCCACCUGUGUCUCCAUUAUAUCUGUAUAGGCUCGGCCCCUUCCCAGGACUUGAGUCAAGCACAGGAUAGUGGGGACUCUGGAAGGCUUCCAGGGGCCAGUGUGGCCCUGGGCCUCCACCCC